GGCAUUCUCACAUUUCUCCCAGCCGAGUCCGCGGUGCCGCUUCCACAUCACGGCCGACAGCAAACCCAGACGACGACAUGCGCCCGGCGUGCUCCAACCCCGCAUUCAUCGCAGCCAGCUUGCGCGUCGCAGCAAAUCCACCUCCACCUAGACAAGGUCAGAAGAUUUGAUCCUGAGGGAAUGGUGCUGUUGAGAUGACCUGCGUGGCCUUACUUUCCUCAAGAGAUUAUUCUCCAAUCGAAAGAGUGGAGCAGAAUCGAGCCAAGACAUGCUUGACAGGUUCACAUGAUGGACAGGUGAUGGAGUCUUCCAUCAUCUUUCUUCUCCAGUGACUCAACCUGCCAGAGCUCCCUCUGAGGCAUAAGUGUGCGUACCAGUGGUACAAGGCCCCCUAUUUCUUUGCCAUGGUGACAUAAGCAGUGCUGCAAUAUGAGGGAGAGCCAAAGUGAAACCGUCUCAUUUCUUUCUCCUGUAGCUGCUGCAGCUGCUACUUUAUUGCCAUUUGUAUUUAGCUCCAUAACAAGACUGACUGUGUUGUGAUCAACCCCUGCUCACUGUGUUUUUUUACCCACACUGAGAGAGACUGUCCCCAGGGCGUGUUGCUGGGCCGGUGGGGCGGAGCGGUGCGGUGUGACGUGAGACGAUGCUGGGAUGCGUGACACGCCUCCGUCGGCUCGUCCGUCUCCUCCCCCUGCAGACCUCCCUGCUCCUCCUUUUCCUCUUCUGCACUGUCAGCGUCUUCAUCUCCGCCUACUUCCUCUAUGGCGUCAAGCGGGACCUGGAGCCGUCGGGAGGAGGCGUGUCCGGGGCCGAGGGAGCGUCCGCCGACUCCGAUGACCCGCGGGUCACUCCGUCUCGACUGCUACCUUUGCGGAGCGUCUCAGGGGGCCCCGGGGUGGAUCCCGGCGGGGCCAGGACAGAUCCUGUGGUUCUGGUGUUUGUGGAAAGCCAGUAUUCUCAGCUUGGGCAGGAGAUCGUGGCCAUCUUGGAGUCUGGCCGGUUCAGGUACCGGACUGAGAUCUCUCCCGGUAAAGGGGACAUGCCCACAUUGACAGACAAAGAGAGAGGACGCUUCACACUUGUGAUUUAUGAGAACAUUCUCAAGUAUGUUAACUUGGACGCCUGGAACCGAGAGCUUCUGGACAAGUACUGUGUGGAAUAUGGAGUGGGCAUCAUUGGCUUCUUCAAGGCCAACGAAAAUAGUCUGCUCAGUGCACAGCUCAAAGGCUUCCCCCUCUUUCUUCAUUCGAACUUGGGUCUGAAGGACUGCACAGUCAACCCAAAGUCCCCGCUUCUCUUUAUCACUCGAUCCGGGCAGCCGCUGCCAGGGCCUCUCCCAGGGGAUGACUGGACUGUUUUCCAAUCCAACCACUCAACAUACGAACCCGUGUUGCUGGCCAAGACCCAAUCAGCUGAGAGCGUCGCAUCAAUGGGGCAGAAUGCUGCUCUGCUCCCAUCUGUGGUGCAGGACCUGGGGCUUCACGAUGGCAUCCAGCGGGUUCUGUUCGGCAACAAUUUGGUCUUCUGGCUGCACAAGCUGGUGUUUGUGGAUGCUGUGGCCUUUCUGACAGGGAAGAGGCUCUCAUUGUCCUUGGAGCGCUACAUCCUAGUGGACGUAGAUGACAUCUUUGUGGGCAAAGAGGGCACCCGCAUGAAGGUGCCUGAUGUGAAGGCCCUGCUGGAGACACAGAGGGAGCUACGCACCCAUGUGCCCAACUUCACCUUCAAUCUGGGCUUCUCAGGGAAAUUCUUUCACGCUGGAUCUGAUGAGGAGGACCUGGGAGAUGACCUGCUCCUUUCCUAUGUGAAGGAUUUCUGGUGGUUUCCUCACAUGUGGAGCCACAUGCAGCCUCAUCUUUUCCACAACCAGUCCGUGCUGGCCGAGCAGAUGUUGCUCAACAAGAAAUUUGCUAUGGAACAUGGGAUCCCCACUAACAUGGGCUAUGCGGUGGCGCCUCACCACUCGGGUGUCUAUCCUGUCCACAUGCAGCUGUACGACGCCUGGAAGAAGGUGUGGGGCAUCAAAGUGACCAGCACAGAGGAAUACCCACACCUAAAGCCUGCUCGCUUCCGGCGAGGUUUCAUCCACAGCGGCAUUAGCGUGUUGCCCAGGCAGACAUGUGGACUCUUCACGCACACCAUCUUCUAUAAAGACUACCCUGGCAGUCCGAAUGAACUGGACAAGCUCAUCAAUGGAGGAGAACUCUUCCUCACCGUUCUGCUCAACCCCAUUAGUAUCUUCAUGACCCAUCUGUCCAACUACGGGAAUGACCGCCUCGGCCUGUACACCUUUAAAAGCCUGGUGAUGUUCAUCCAGACGUGGACCAACCUGAAGAUGCAGACGCUGCCGCCUAUCCAGCUGGCUCAGAAGUACUUCAGCCUCUUCCCCUCUGAGAGAGACCCCCUCUGGCAGGAUCCUUGUGAGGACAAAAGGCACAAGGACAUCUGGUCCAAAGAGAAAACAUGUGACCGCUUCCCCAAACUGCUCGUCAUCGGACCUCAGAAGACAGGGACGACGGCCCUUUAUCUAUUUCUUGGCAUGCACCCUGAUCUGACCAGUAACUACCCCAGCAAGGAGACGUUUGAAGAGAUCCAGUUCUUCAACGGACACAACUAUCACAGAGGCAUUGACUGGUACAUGGAAUAUUUCCCUCUGCCCUCAAACACCAGUUCAGACUACUACUUUGAGAAGAGUGCCAACUACUUUGAUUCUGAGGUCGCUGCUCAGAGGGCUGCAGCUCUCCUGCCCAAAGCCAAGAUCGUCACCAUCCUCAUCAACCCGGCGGACAGAGCUUACUCUUGGUACCAGCACCAAAGAGCCCACGAUGACCCAGUGGCGUUGAAAUACUCCUUUCACGACGUCAUCACUGCGGGCCACAAUGCUCCAGUCAAACUACGGGUCCUCCAGAAUCGCUGCCUGGUGCCGGGUUGGUACGCCAUCCACCUGGAACGCUGGCUCAACUUCUACCACUCCAGCCAGUUGUUAGUUUUGGAUGGACAGAUGCUGAAAACUGAGCCUGCAUCAGUCAUGGAUAAAAUCCAGAAGUUUCUUGGCCUUGCUAACAUUAUCAACUACCACAAGAUCUUAGCGUUCGACCCGAAGAAAGGCUUUUGGUGUCAGCUGCUGGAAGGAGGGAAGACAAAGUGUUUGGGAAAGAGUAAAGGACGCAGGUACCCUGACAUGGACCCAGAGUCCCAGGGGUUCCUCAGGGAGUACUAUAGGGAUCACAACAUCGAGCUGUCGAAGCUGCUCUACAGGAUGGGUCAGCCACUGCCCAGCUGGCUCCGAGAAGAGCUGGUCCAUACCAGGUAGCAGCACCACCGGGGAAGACCACAGCUCCACACUGAACCACUGCUCUACCCUGCUGGGGCUCACUGGCCACAUGGCCUGAAGGGUCAACGAUCCCAAACAGUUUCGACAGAAAGGAAAUAUGUUGAGAUUCGAGGAAGGGAUACCCAACUAGACCUCAGAACUUAACCGCGAUCUUCCCAAAUACGGGCAACAGUGGACAAACCAGGAACACGGGAAACCCUAAUAGUGUGUCCUGAAGAAGAAACAGGGAAGUGAUGGCACAUGAGGGACCUGCAGUGUUUGGUAAUCACAUCACUGGUUCUCCUCAAUCAAACGUUCUUUUCUUCACAUGAACUUCUUCCUGGAAAUCAAAAAGAGGAAAAAAAGGGUCUGAAGCUUGAGCAGCUUCAGGUUUGGAAAACAGGUGAUAGAAGAAUGAACAGCAUCAUCUGUUCAUGCAGGCAAACAGGCAACGAAAUACUGACUUAAAGGUUGGCUGCCUGAUCGACAGAGAGACAUUGGUUGCAAAUGCCUUUGACACAAGUGUUUUUAUGAGGGGACACCUAGAGUCUUGACUCAGGCUGCAUGUUGUAGCCUUACUUGAUAGGCCUUGGUAGAAUCUAGUUAUCACAUUUACAAGUGCCAGGACAGAAUCUUCAUUAAACUAUUGCCAUGUGGACUUUUGAGGGUUCUUUUUUUUUUUUUUUAAGUUUUAUGUUUUGUUUUUCCGAUUUUAACAUUUCUAUAAUGCUGAUGGCAAUACAUUGUUUUAGAAUGUACCAAAACUAAAUAUCUUAGCUAUGUUGUUUUCACAUAGGCAGGGUGUACAGGGCAGUUAUUUAUACUGUUUUCAGCUCAGCCUGCUUUUUAGUCAGUUUCAUGACCUCUGAACUGGCUAAAGCAGGGACAAGUAGGAUUGAAAGCACAAUGUUUUAGGCACUCGAGCGAACAUCGAUUCUGAACAUACAGGUUACUGGAAAGCACACUAAUACAAUGGCUCCUCCGACUACAAUCUGUGAAGAAGAUCAUAAGCUAGCUACUGUAUCUUUAAAUAAGCCCUCUGGUCCGAUAGAUUCAGAUAGUGUACAGAAACCAGUGUGCAUUUCAAAAUCUGUUUUCAGCAUCGGGUUUUUGGUUUUUUUUUUGUCAAAACUGUAUAUUUUGUCUGAUAUUUUAUUUCACUUCAUUUACUAUAGGAUUUUAAUUUGGGGGGGAGGAAAUAAUAAAGCUGUCUCUGGGUAAAAAGCGUGUAAAGCCACCAGGUGAAAACAGUCUGCCCAGUGACACCACAUGGACGUUUGGUUGUCGGUCGAGGCGUCACCACUGCAACUAGAUGUCAAGCAUAGAUAACAAAAAGCUGCUCUUACUGCAAUAGUUUUGUACAAUGUUCUGAUGUAAUAACAAUGCACAUGUUGGUCCACUAUUUCCUGACUUUGUAAUGUACAUAACGCGAAAACCCCUCGGUAGACCUAAAUUAUUGAAUGUGUUUGGGUUUACACUCUCCAUCAGCCCAUUCUUCAUAGUGUGAACUGUCAGUGCUGUGCUGACGGGAGUUUGGAUGUUUUCAUUGUGCGAAGGUGCGUCGCUAAGAUUAUUUCCUCUCAUGUCCUCUCACUGCCAACUAUUGUACAAAGGUACUGAGUCUCUCCAUAUAAAGUAUUAAGUGAUAACACAUAACAGCAGCGAUGGUACUAAUCUCCUGGACUGUAUGAUAAAGAUUUGUAAUUGUUGUCAAUAAUUUUUACAGUGUAACUAAUAUUGUCGGUGCUUUUUAAUUUGCAAAUAAAACACCACUGUAUUUUUCAGUA